ACCAGUCGUCGGUCGAGUUGUACUUGAGUACUCGUCGGUUCAUACCGAUACCGUUUGUCGUAUCAGCAGUCGGUACUCGUAUCUCUGAGAAGUGUGAAGCGGCAGUAACGUAAUAUUAUUAUUAUUAUUAUUACUGCUUUGUUGUUAUGACUUAAUACUUGGUAAUUAUUAUUAUCGCUUUAGUACUCAGUUGUAGUUACUAGUUCGGUCGCGAGUCUGUCCGCUGAGCGUACCAGCAAUAAUAUAAUAUUAUGCGCUCGUUUUAAUGUACGUUGUUAUGUUAUAAUGAUAUACAAAUUAACAUUAUUAUCAUUAUCAUAGUAUCGCGUUUUAUAAUAUUAUUGUGACCGUGUGCAAUUAAGCUGAUUAUUAUUAUUAUGAUUUUUAACGUCGUACCCAUUUUGUAAAAUAUCGUCGUCCUUUGUUCGGUGCGUAUCGGGUUUAUUGUAGUAAUAAACACAUUUUUUAUAUAAUAAUAUUAUAUACUCGUACGAUAAAAUAUUACCUAUAGCACGGUUUGUAUCGUGUGCACGUCGAUACGUGUGAACAAUUCGGAAUGACCUGUUCGUCAGUGGGAAACAAACACCGAAGGCGGUGGGAAAAUCUACGACCACGGCGGCGGUAAAGGAGGCGGUACGACGCGAAUACGCGAUAGCCUCGCCGACGACGAUAGCGACGGAACAACGACCACGACGACGACGACGACGACCCGGACAAUGGUUUUUGUCGCGUUCCAUCGUCGCGUGAGAGAGUCCGUAAGAACUGAAGAGGACAACGACGACGACAUUCGAAGGCUGUGCGACGAAUUCUUCGCGACCGUCGCUCUGAUGUCGCACACGAUCGGCUGAACACGUCGACUACAGUAAAUGUGACCGCAGAUUGAUCCUUGACAAUUUAUGGCCAUGGAAACGCUUACAAGAGAUGUGCCAUCAAGUAUGCAACAUCAUAAUAAUUCAUCUGUUUCAAAUAUGAAACAUAGUUAUGUUCAGUUGUCCAAAACAUGUUUAGAUGAAGACGCUCAAAUAAAUAAAAAAUUACCAAAAGAGCUUUUAUUACGAAUAUUUUCUUACCUAGAUGUUGUGUCGUUAUGCCGUUGUGCUCAAGUAUCACGUGCUUGGAAUGUAUUAGCAUUAGAUGGAAGCAAUUGGCAAAAAAUUGACUUAUUUGAAUUUCAGACUGAUGUUGAAGGUCCAGUAAUAGAAAAUAUAUCACGGCGGUGUGGUGGUUUCUUGCGACAAAUUAGUUUGCGUGGAUGUCAAUCUGUCGGGGACGGCUCUCUGAAAACUCUUGCUCAGUGUUGUAAUUAUAUUGAGUAUAUAAAUCUGAAUGGAUGUAAGAGAAUUACAGAUAGCACUAGUCAAUCUUUAAGUCAAUAUUGUAAGAAACUAUUGUCAUUGGACAUUGGUUCAUGCUCUAUGGUGACUGAUUUAUCUUUAAAAGCAAUUUCUGAUGGCUGCCCAAAUUUGACCAGUGUUAAUAUAUCUUGGUGUGAUGGUAUUACUGAAAAUGGUGUGGAAGCCUUAGCACACGGUUGUCCAAAAUUGAAAUCAUUUAUAUCCAAAGGCUGUACAAGAAUGACAACACGAGCAAUCAGUUGUUUAGCACAACAUUGUGUAAAAUUAGAAGUUAUAAAUUUGCAUGGCUGCAAUAACAUUGAAGACGAAGCUGUGAUAAAGUUAGCCAAUAACUGUAAUUCUUUGAAAUAUUUAUGUCUUGCAAACUGUUCUUUAUUAACUGAUAGCUGUCUCGUUUCCUUGGCUGAACAAUGUUAUCAGUUAAAUACCUUAGAAGUAGCUGGUUGUUCACAGUUUACCGAUAUAGGAUUUUUAGCAUUAUCAAAAACGUGUCAUCUUUUGGAAAAAAUGGAUUUAGAAGAAUGUGUAUUUAUUACAGACUCGACUCUAUUUCAUUUAGCAAUGGGAUGCCCCCGGCUUGAGAAUUUGAGCUUAUCACAUUGUGAACUAAUCACUGAUGAAGGCAUCAGACAUCUGAGUACUUCAACAUGUGCAUCUGAACAUUUGGCUGUGCUUGAAUUGGAUAACUGUCCUCUUAUUACGGAUGCAUCUCUAGAACACCUAAUUAAUUGUCACAACUUGCAAAGAAUCAUGUUAUACGACUGUCAACUCAUUACCAGAAAUGGAAUAAAACGUCUUCGGACACACUCGCCUAACAUAAACGUUCACGCCUACUUUGCGCCUGUGACACCGCCGCCGUCUACGGGCAAUAGUCGCCAACAUUAUUGUCGUUGCUGCGCCAUAUUGUGAGCCUGGCUUGAAGGCCGGUCAUGCAUACGCGUGUGUGCUACUUGCCUUAAAUAUUUGGCGAACAUUUUGCAAUCAUUUGCCUGCUGUGUAUUAAAAUAUAAUAUUUAUUUUCUACCAUUCUUUUUUAUAAUCAUGAUGUUGUAUUGUUUAUUAUUAUAUUUAGUAUACGUACAUAGAUAGUGGUUAUAUUUUAAGUUUUAUAAAGAAAAUCUGUCCAUUUGGACUGAUAUUAUACAGGUUUAUGUAUUAUGCUUGUGUUUGUAUAUGUGUAUAAACACAUGGAUAUGGUUCACUAAAUUAUUUGUGCCUGUAUUUUCCUUUUAAUAUUUUUAGUUGAAUGAAAAUAGCAUAUGUUCAUGUUUAUGUAUACACACUAUGUGUGUCUAUAAACAGAGAACACUAUAACAGUACCAUAUGCAAAUUUUAGAAUUUAAUUUUAAGAAUAAAUAACUAGAUUACUGUGCUAUCAAUUUCUGACACUUAUUUUUAUCUCAUGUAUUCUGCACAUGCGCAACAUUAAUUUUUUAUGAGAACUCAUAUUUAUUAAUAUCAUAUUUUCAUUUGUUGUAUUUUAGUAAAUUUGUUGAUCAACAUGUAUUUUAAAUCCAAAAUUGACAGUUCUCAUUAAAAAAAAAAGAUAUGUUGCGCUUUUGCAAAAUAUAUGUAUGUAGAAAAUACAUAUUUAUUGAAUAUUAAAAUUAAAUUCUAUAUAUUUUCUUUACAGUUUUUUAUAAUAGAAAAGUAUAUUUUUCAUAAAUCUAAAAUUAAAAAAAAUAUAUUAUAUUAUUGAAAACACACAAAGUUUAUAUUUAAAAUAAUGGCAAUUUGGUUGAAAGACAGGAACUUACUUUCUUAUUUAUUUUAAUAUUUUAGUACGACAUAAUUUGCUUGUAUUAAAUUAAAUUAAAAAAAAUGCACUAAAAAUAUAUUAGAAAAAGCUGAGCACCUUUAGUGAACCACUGUGUAUAUAGAUUUAUUAUUAACCGUAAUUUCUUUUUCAUCUGUUUUAAAUCAUGUUCCUUUAUGACAAUACAAUAUAUAAAUUAUUUAUAGAGAGUA